GUCAGCGCGACAGUGCAAUAAAACGCGUUCGCGAGGCACAAAACCGUGACGCCAUCGACGCGACACGACGCCUACUAAGUCUACACGACACGGCUGCAACAUCCGGCAGCUCAACUCGUUGUUGUCUCAGCAAAUUUGCAGCCAGCAGCAUGGUUGCCGCCCGCCUCCUCGCCGUCGCGAGCAUCCUACCAGCAACGGCCGCCGUCCUCACGCUCCCGCGCAAGUCGCAAGCCCUGCCGUGGCUGAGCGCGCCGGCCUACCUCCAGGAGCUGCCGGGCAACGCCGACUUCGAUCCAUUAAGGCUGGGCAGCGCGUCGCCGGCUCUCUUAAAGUACUACCGUGAGGCCGAGCUCAAGCACGGCCGCCUCGCGAUGCUCGCGGCGAUCGGGUGGCCCGCCUCGGAGCUCUGGGACAAGGCGCUCGCGGACACGUUCGGCAUAGAUUCGGCGCUCACGUCGAAGCUCGAAGCCCCAUCGGUACUGAACGGCGGCCUCGACCGCAUCAGCCCGGCCUUCUGGGGCGCCGCGCUCGGGUUUGGAGCGGCGAUCGAACUCUACGGCCUCAAGCUGCGCCUCGAGGACCGCGCCGAGCCCUUGGAGCCGGGCAACCUCCAGUUCGACCCGCUCGGCAUGUACCCCGUCGAGCGGGCCCGCCGCAAGCGCAUGGACGAGGCGGAAGUCAAACACGGCCGCAUCGCCAUGCUCGCCGUCGUCGGCUACGCGGCGGAGGAGUACCUCCUCGGCACGCCGGUCGCCGUGCACUCGUCGGGCUUCUUCGAGCCCUUCUGGGCGCACUUCUUCCACGUCUGAAGUUGUCCAAGGCCCCUUGUUUUUGUAUGUGUCUCCCGACCCCUCCUAAGUCUCUAUUGCCUGUC